AUGCACAUUCGCACCAUCCUCCAAGGCUCGCCUAUUCUUGUUGUUCUCCUCUUCGGAGUGACACGCGCGGCGCCUAGCCUUGUGCAGGACGCGGUGGGCUCGCGAGGCACAAAGGUUGCCCAUGAGACUCUUGAUGGACACAGGCUGAGUAUCCCUGCACCUGAAGAUCCAUACAUCAUACGGAUUGGCACGACCGAGUAUUACUACAUCGACAAGCUUCGGCCGCUGGACAACGCACAGGAGCAUAAAGAGCAAUUCGAGUGGCUGUUCCCUUACCCUGAUGCUUCCCUCAAGCUCGGUGAGCAAACGUUUGACGCGAGCGUCGUUCACAAGGACGGUACAACUUUGCGCAUCUUCCCGCAAGAGUACUCACGUUUCUUCUCUGCCGCCAUUUUCAACAAGAUUCGCGACGAAACUGUUCUUCCCGAGCAUCCCCGAGGUAAUCAGCUGAUCGAAAAGUUCGAGAUGAACGACGAACACAAUUUGCGGAAGCGAAGCCGUUCCGACAUGCACUGUUACAUCAACAGUGACUGCUACAGUGUCAUCUGUGACAGAUUCAUUCAGCCACAGAUCGAAACUUACUGCGACAAAGGCCCCACACUAUCCAACUACGUCGGCAUUCUUUGCAGCUUCAUCUAG